GGCGAUAAUGUGAGUACUGAAACUGUAUUUUUUUACGGAAAGUCGUGAAUGUUUAAUUAGAAGGAACGUUAAAGAAUUGGCGACGACAAAUCGUUGAUAAAUACCACCCGUCAGAACAUGAAUAUUGAUAACUGAAUGAAAUACAAGGGUUUUCACGCGAUGACAAUGUUCACAAAGUGUGACCAGAAGUCUCGGGUCUUCACUUCUGUUUGUACGCACGACAGCCAUAGACGCCAACAUCGAUCGUAGCCGCGGAACUUACUUCUCGCACAACUCGACGGACUUUAACUUCCGAUCGUUGAUCAAAGAAACGCGACAUGAUCUGGUGUUGUCUAUUUUUGUGUUUCCUACUGUGGUUUCAAGUGACUGCCGUUCCUAUGUGGUGGGCGUUAGGCGUAUCAUACUCACCGGCAUCCGUGGAAGAGAUUUCCUGUGGCCAGAUACCAGGACUGGUGUCCAAACAACUUCGGUUUUGUCGAAGAAAUCAGGAACUUAUGCCGAGUGUUGCCGAAGGAGCACAGCUUGGGAUUCGGGAAUGUCAGAACCAGUUCAAAGGUCGUAGAUGGAACUGUACUACAGUUGGCAACGACCAGUCAGUGUUCGGAAAUGUCCUUAACAAUGCUUCAAGAGAAACAGCUUUCGUCCAUGCCAUCCUUUCUGCUGGUCUUGUUCACACAGUGACACGAGCAUGCGCCAGUGGGGAACUCCUUUCAUGUGGAUGUGACUCCAAAAGAAAGCCUCCUCCGGAAGAAGGCUGGAAGUGGGGAGGUUGUAGCGAAGAUAUCAGAUAUGGCACUCGGUUUAGUCGGGAUUUUCUGGACCCUCAGGAAAAUCCAAGAUAUGCUAGAUCUGUCAUGAAUUUGCACAAUAAUGAGGCCGGUAGACAGACAAUUGCGAAAACUAUGGAAACGCAGUGUAAAUGCCACGGACUAUCGGGCAGCUGUGAAGUAAAAACCUGCUGGAAGCAACAGUCAGCCUUCAAAAUACUCGGAGAUCUACUUAAAGAAAAAUACGACAGCGCGCCCGAAAUGAAAGUCACUCGCCACAAGGAGAUGCGUGGUUGGCAAGAAGAAUUGAUCCCGAAGUACGAUCACUUCAAACAACCGACAUCUGCCGACCUUAUCUACUACGAGCCCUCGCCGAAUUUCUGUAAACACGACCCGUCAAUAGGCUCGUUCGGCACCGAGGGGAGGCGAUGCAACGCGACUUCGAACGGUAUUGAAGGGUGCGAUUUAAUGUGCUGUGGGCGAGGUUACAACACCAUACCAGAAGAGGUCGUAGAAAGAUGCGAAUGUCAGUUCAUUUGGUGUUGUAAAGUGAAAUGUAAAAGUUGUCGGCGCAUGUAUGAUCUGCACACGUGCAAAUAAGCACUUCACAUUGGCAAUGGACUGCUUCAAAUCUACAGGUCCUUUUGGAAUUGUUAAAUGUCGAGAGAAUUGUCGCCAUUUUGUGGAAAUGAUUGCGCUCCGCGUCAAUAACACAAAAGACAACUCGUGUAGACCGGACAGUAGUGGCAGCUAUUCGUGUAGUAGACUAUCAAGCUAUAAAAACGAGUUUUGUCUAAUUAUUGUUACCUUCUUAACUAUUAUACCGACAUCCCGAACCAACAUACACUGAUAUUUACUAUGAAGGUAAGGUUUCGCGUGUUUCAGCACUGUCCGCAAUAAACAUGUAGUUAAACGCACGGCAGCAGACGACAUCUAUUGUAUGAACCACAUUUUAAUUUUAUAUUCGAAAAGUAACAAAGCUGCUGCCCAUUUUUUUUAUCAGUAUGAAACAUUUCAUGCGUUCGUUGUGUUUGCUUUCAGACAUGUAUUAUUGAUACAAAAAAUCGUUUCCAAAUGGCAGGAAACUAGUACGGGGACGUAACUUCGUGUACAUAUAUUUUGUAAUUUAUUAUCUUUUAGACAUGAAGAAAAUGUAUAUCCAACUCUUGCCUGAACAGUUUUUUGGUUCACAAAUAUUUUUCCGUUUUUAUGUUUUGUACAUGGUGUGAAUUUUCGUAUUUUUUUUUUUUUGCUUCAUCUCAAUAUAUUUAUUUAUUGUCAGGUCAAAGGUCACAUUAUAAAGUAGAAUAACUGAACGAGAAUACGCAAAAUAAACCAAUCACGUAACAGUACUAGCAAGAUCACAUUCUUGCUCAUUUAAAUAUUCAUUCACCGCAAAUGCUUGAUGUAACAGGUUGUAAUGGUGACACACUUGCUGCCAUAAAAGUACGAUUUUAAUUUUAAAUGAAUUUCAAGACAGAUAUAUUUGGUUGUAAAACCUAUUCAAUUUUAAAAUGAAAUAAAACUAUAACUAUAACCUUUGAGCACGUAUUCAAUAAUAAAGUCUAAGGAAAAUA